AGGGAAUACCUAGGCGCAGAAAUCUACUACUUCUUGCCCGAUUAAAGAAAGACUCUAGAUUCAUCCAUUCAAGCAGUCACCUGUAGAAACCAUGGCAACAUCGACCAUCCCGGCGUGGACCGCCACCCCAGCCAGCGACGCCGCCCGCGUCGAGGACACGUGCAAGACAUACGGCCUGACCGUCAAUGAGUUCCACGAGCUCCGCAAGCGUUGUGUUGCGGCAAAGGCCACAGCCUACUGCCCAUACAGCCGCUUCCGCGUCGGCGCCUCGGUCAUCUCUGUCGACAACGCCUACUUCGACGGCGCCAACGUCGAGAACGCCUCAUAUCCUGUAGGCACCUGUGCCGAGCGGGUCGCCAUCGCAAAGGCCGUCACCGAGGGCCACCGCAAGCUCAGGGCCGUUGCUGUUGCCACAGACAUCGCUCCCCCCGCCAGUCCUUGCGGCAUGUGCCGUCAGUUCAUCCGCGAGUUUUGCGCUUUGGAGGGACCAAUCAUCAUGUUCGACAAGGAUGAGAACUACACUGUCCUUCGGCUGCAAGAGCUCCUGCCUCUCUCGUUUGGGCCCGAAGCUUUGCCACCAGCAAGCUCGCUGCCUCCGCAGUAAUCCGUGACCGUGCUAUGAUUUGUAUCUUGGAGAUACCAUGGGGCGGCAUAUGCUGGAGCGGCACAGAACCAUUGAAACACGCCAGGUUACAGCACCAAAGACGAAACUCGGCGCACGAAGGCGUUCGGUGC